GGGCGGGGUUUUCUCAGGUCCAAGUCUGUUUCCAACAUGGCGGCUCCCAUCGUGUGGGUCCAGGACCCCUCUUCAGACGGGUCUACCUGCUCUGAUCCCGGACUUUGUUCUCCGUCUGCAGCUCAGAACUUUCUAAAGACCGAACCAGGAGACGGUCCGGAACCCCAGAGUCCGGAACAUCAGAGUCCAGGAGCCGGAGCAGAGACCUGCGGGACCAUGGAGGACCAGAACCCGGAGUACAGAGACCCAGCAGCGGGCCCGUUUUCCUCCGGUUCCGAUGUCCAGGUGAGUUUUCACGAGUCCGUCAGCUUCCGGUUGUCGCGAGCUUCAUCCUGCAGGUGGAGAGCGCGUGUCUGUGGACCGUGUCCCGGUCUCCUGGUUCUGUUCGGCUCCAUCAUGGUUCUGUGAGACCUCCUCUGACAGACUCUGAAGGAUCUCCGAACCGGGUCAGUCCUCCUCGGUGGAUCUAAACGGGGCCUGGAGGAGGAAGCAGGAGGAAAUCCUGAGUCCCGGAGACCGACAUGGAGACGAGGAGGGCGGGGAGAGAGAGGAGGGAGACCCGGGGGGAGGAACCGGAACCAGAACCGGGAUCAGGAGCAGCUACAUGGAUCCAUGGAGCUGAGGUGGUCUACAGGAGGCCCACCUUUGUCUGCUUCACCUGACAGACUGAGGAGUCGAACCUGGACUCCUUAUUGUCUCUGUUCAUGAGUGAAGGAGGUGCUGAAGGAGGUGUGGGAACUCACAUGAGAGGAGGAGAUCAACUCUCCUCCAGACCGCUGUCACUCAGAGCCGAUGUUUGUGUGGAAAAAAAUCAUCUGGUUUUAUUAUCAUUAUCAUUAUUAUUAUUAUUAUUAUUAUUAUUAUUAUUAAUAUUAUUGUUAUAGUUAUAACUAUAGUUAUUACUGUUAUUAUUAUUAUUAUUAUAGUUAUUACUAUUAUUAUUAUUAUUAUUAUUAUUAUUGUGAUAGUUAUAACUAUAGUUAUUACUGUUAUUAUUAUUGUUAUUAUUAUAGUUAUUACUAUUAUUAUUAUUAUUAUUAUUAUUAUUAUUAUUGUUAUAGUUAUAACUAUAGUCAUUACUGUUAUUAUUAUUAUUAUUAUAGUUAUUACUAUUAUUAUUAUUAUUAUUAUUAUUAUUGUUAUAGUUAUAACUAUAGUUAUUACUGUUAUUAUUAUUAUUAUUAUUAUAGUUAUUACUAUUAUUAUUAUUAUUAUUAUUAUUAUUAUUGUUAUAGUUAUAACUAUAGUUAUUACUGUUAUUAUUAUUAUUAUUAUUAUUAUUAUUGUUAUAGUUAUAACUAUAGUUAUUACUGUUAUUAUUAUUGUUAUUAUUAUAGUUAUUACUAUUAUUAUUAUUAUUAUUAUUAUUAAAAUAAUUGUUAUAGUUAUAACUAUAGUUAUUACUGUUAUUAUUAUUAUUAUUAUUAUUAUUAUUGUUAUAGUUAUAACUAUAGUUAUUACUAUUAUUAUUAUUAUUAUUAUUAUUAUUAUUAAAAUAAUUGUUAUAGUUAUAACUAUAGUUAUUACUAUUAUUAUUAUUAUUAUUAUUAUUAUUAUUGUUAUAGUUAUAACUAUAGUUAUUACUGUUAUUAUUAUUGUUAUUAUUAUAGUUAUUACUAUUAUUAUUAUUAUUAUUAUUAUUAAAAUAAUUGUUAUAGUUAUAACUAUAGUUAUUACUGUUAUUAUUAUUAUUAUUAUAGUUAUUACUAUUAUUAUUAUUAUUAUUAUUAAUAUUAUUGUUAUAGUUAUAACUAUAGUUAUUACUGUUAUUAUUAUUAUUAUUAUAGUUAUUACUAUUAUUAUUAUUAUUAUUAUUAUUAUUAUUGUUAUAGUUAUAACUAUAGUUAUUACUGUUAUUAUUAUUAUUAUUAUUAUAGUUAUUACUAUUAUUAUUAUUAUUAUUAUUAUUAUUGUUAUAGUUAUAACUAUAGUUAUUACUGUUAUUAUUAUUAUUAUAGUUAUUACUAUUAUUAUUAUUAUUAUUAUUAUUGUUAUAGUUAUAACUAUAGUUAUUACUGUUAUUAUUAUUAUUAUCAUUAAAGUUAUUAAUAUUAUUACUAUUAUUUUAUUAUUAUAGUUAUUAUUAUUAUUAUUAUUAUUGUUAUUAUUAUCAUUAUAACUAUAGUUAUUAUUAUUAUUAUUAUUAUUAUUAUUAUUAUUAUUAUUAAUAUUAAUAUUAUUAUUAUUAUUAUUAAAGUUAUUAUUAUUUUAAUUGUAAUUAUUUUAAUUAUUAUUAUUAUGAAUGAUUUUAAAAAACUGAAAACUCACUUUUUUAGUUUUACUUUUAAUUAAAAUUUAUAUCAUUAACUUUAAUUAAUCUUCCUCCUGUUUUGUUUUAACUUCACUCCCUCCAUGUUAACGGGUCGGUUCUGUCUGCUGUAAAAACAGUUCUCUCUCCUCCAGUUUGGUUCUGGUCUCUCAGUUUUCUUGUUCGGCUUCAUUAUCGAUGAAAAUAUUGAUCAUCAUAGUUGUUGUGGUGGUCCUCACACAGACAUCUAAACUCUCACGUCUGGACAGAGAAAAACAUGAAAACUGAGAAUGAAGACGAUCUGACUGUCAGCGCACUCAUGAUUGUUAGAUAUUGAUCUAACCGGGUCAACAGCGACUCGAACAAAGUGUCAUAAUUUUAAUAAGAACAUUUUAUCAUUUAGUUUUUAUUUUGUUGACUUGGAGGUUCGUGACAAAGUCAAAGUGUUUCUUUGAAGCUCUGAGAGUCAAAAACAGGUCAGUGCUGACACGAACGCAGGAGGACUUCAAGUGUUUGAACUUUGAUCUAGUUUUAAUGACACGAUCGUCUUUUAUUCUUCUGCUCUGUAAAACACUUUGUGCUCCAUCUUUUUGUAUCAAUCAAUAAGGACUGAUUGAUUGAUUACCAUGUCCUUUAAAAACACGGUAACGACGAACUGAAGGAGCAGAGUUGAUUAAAACAGGUGGUGUUGGCGGCUCGGCCCGCUCUCCUGCAGAAUAAAGAGAAUUUUCGUUCAAUAAGAUAAAAUAAAGUUUGAUUUUUGUUCUUAAAAAAACUGUUCAAUGAUUAAAAAACACUUUUUAAAUUCAGCUUAAACUGUGACGCUCCACCGUGACGUCUCACCGUCUCUCUCUCUCUUUUUCGACAGGAGCAGGAGGAGGAAAAGGUUCGCCACGGUCACGACUUUCAUGGCUACAGUAAACCCGCCCCGACCCUCCCGUCCUCCAAAGAUCCUCCCAGAGUCCAGACGGAAAAGAAACCGUUCAUCUGCGACGACUGCGGGAAAACGCUCAGCUCCUUACAGAACCUCAAAGUCCAUCGGCGCAUUCACACCGGAGAGAGACCGUACAGCUGCGACCGCUGCACCGCCGCGUUCACGCAGCUGGGAAACCUGCAGGAGCACCAGCGCAUUCACACGGGCGAGAAACCGUACAGCUGCGAUCAGUGCGCCAAAACCUUCGUCAGCUCCAGUAAACUGAAAACGCACCAACGGAUUCACACCGGAGAGAGACCGUACUGUUGUGAGCGGUGCAACGCCACCUUCACCCAGUUAGCGCAUUUACAGGGACACCAACGCACCCACACCGGAGAGAAACCGUACAGCUGCAACCAGUGCGGGAAAACCUUCAACACGUCGAGUAACCUGAAGGCUCAUCAGAGAGUUCACUCCGGAGAGAAACCGUUCAGCUGCGAUCAGUGCGACGCCAAAUUCACGCAGUUGGUGAAUCUGAAAGGUCAUCGCCACGUUCACGUCCGGGAGAAACCCUUCAGCUGUGAGGAGUGUGGGAAAUCCUUCGGUUCAUCCAAGAGUUUAACCAUCCAUCAGCGCAGCCACACCGGAGAGAGACCGUACGGCUGCGACAUGUGCGAGAAAAAGUUCACCUCGUCCAGAGUUCUCAAAGAUCACCAACGGAUUCACAGCGGCGAGAAACCGCACCGCUGCGAGCAGUGUGGGAAAUCGUUUAUCAAAGCGUACGACCUGAAGGUUCAUCAGCGAGUUCACGUCCGAGAGAAAAUCCUGAUCUGUGAUAACUGCGGGAAAGUCUUCAAGACGGUGAGCGCUCUGUACGCUCACCAGAGGAUCCACACCGCCGAGGACCUGUUCAGCUGCGACAGGUGUAACGCCAAGUUCACUCAGGCGGCGAACUUAGAGGGACACGUGUGCGUUCCCACCGGAGACAAACUCUACAUCUGCGAUCAGUGCGGGAAGAGUUUCAGCCGGUCGUCCAUCCUCAAAAUCCACCAACGCAUCCACACCGGAGAGAAACCGUACAGCUGCGACUUCUGCGGGAAGUCCUUCAGGUUAUCGAGUCGACUGAGAGACCACGAGCGGAUUCACACCGGAGAGAGACCGUACCGCUGCGACCAGUGCGGGAAAUCCUUCACCGACAGGAGGACGUUACUGAUCCACCAACGGACCCACACCGGAGAGAAACCGUACCGCUGUAUUCAGUGUCGGAAAGGCUUUACGAAGAAAUACAGCCUGAAGCUCCAUCAGCGGAUCCACACCGGUGAGAAACCGUACAGCUGCGACGUCUGCGAGAAAGCUUUCGUGAGACUCGCUGAACUACAGGUCCACAGACGAGUUCACACCGGAGAGAAACCCUACAGCUGCGGGAAGUGCAGCGCCACCUUCUCUCAGUCGAGCGGAUUAAAGGCGCAUCAGCGGAUUCACAACCGAGAGUGACGGACGAGUCGGGAUGAAGCUGUUCUCUCAUUAUUUUACAUUUAUAUAUAAACACACUCGAUUUCUGUGACCUGUGACCUUUUCUCUCUGUGUCUCCAUCUGUGCAGACGUCUUCUCUCCUUUGUGGACGCGUCUGAGAGUUUCAAUAAAAUGAAAACUGAUGUUUGUUGUUUCUUCAGGACAUGAAAAAUGAAAAGGUAAAGGUGUUUUUAUUAUUGAGCCGAAUUAUCAAUAAAAUCAUGAUUUUGUUAACAGGUAUUUAUAUACCUGCUGUUGAGUUAAUAUAUUUGAACAAGAGCACAGUAAAGUUAAAUCAGCUAAUUUUCCAAUGAGGUUCUGUUACUGAACGGAACUACACCAUGUUCUACUGAGGUUAGGACAUAUAGGGUCACAGCCAUAGUACUAGACACCAAACAUCUUUUUAACUUUGACUCAUUUCUUUAGCAAAGAGACUAAACACAACUCACCUACUCUCUUCCAGCAGACGCUUGUUUGUAGAGAGACCUCAGGCCAGUCCAUUACAGACUACAGCGGGGUGCCGCAGCUCAAGGAAGAACAUUUAUGAUCAUUUCUUCAUGGAAAUACAAUCAGACCGAGACGCUAAGACAGAAGAACUACCGCGUCUGUAAAAUGAUCAAUAUGGU